GCGAACAGCCCGUUAACGGCUGGAGAGCGCCAGGGCUGGAUGUUCGCGUGCGCGAGUGGGUCAAGCUAACCCAAACUCGCAGGGCUCGGCAGCAAGGGCUGCGGGACUCCGGGCGGUCAGCGGACUGCGGCGAGACGAUGAGAAAUGCGGCUUCCCUGUCUCUUGUCCAGGUUCCCUCAGACUCGUGGUGGUCAGAUACAGUAGAGGUUUCCUGAAGCGUGUGAGCCGCACUGUGCCUGGUGGCCGCGGCCGCUCGAGGUCACGGUGCCGCCUGCCGGUGCGAGACACCCCCCCCCCCCCGCGGCUGAGAGCGCCCCGGUGGCCCCUCGAGGCCUGGCGCAGGCUGAGGACAGGUCCCCAGGGGAGGAGCCCGCCACCCGGGGUCUCCUUCGGCCAGCUGGUGCGACCGUUUGCGGUUGCUCCAAGGGGGAGCAAAGCUUUCUCACCUUCGGGCUCCACUGAAUGUAACUGCGAGAGAGGCGUUUGCCAACUGGAGAGCAGGUUUUUAAUGUGAAUAUUAAUGCCAAUCAAGGUACACUGAAAUAAGGGUAAUACAACAGAGUCCAGUCCUUGCAGCAUAUUAUACAACAUGUGACUUUUGACAGUAUGAUUAGCCCAUAGUUGCUGUAGGUGGUACAAUAGAGGCUAGACUAACUGAAGAAAUAAAACCAAUGUUUAUAUUUCACAUUGGAAGUAGAACCUGAAGACAAAGAUUUUCUUAUAUUAAGAAGUUUUGAUGGCAGAAAAAAGACAGUCUUAUAGUGUUGGGGAAGCAAUGGAGCAACUCACAGGACCUGAUAGACAAAAAUGGACCAAUAUGGAUCCAGAAGAAAGAAUGUUAGCAGCUGCCACAGCUUUUGCUCGUAUCUGUGCAGGGCAGGGUGAGGGAGACCUAAGCAGAGAAACCCAAUCUAUCCAGUAUGAUCCCUACAGUAAAGCUUCAGUAGCCCCAGGGAAGCAACCUGCUCUUCCUGUGCAACUGCAGUACCCACAUGUAGAAAGUCCUGUCACUUCGAAAACAGUCUCAGAGGCCUCUCAAAGACUCCGAAAGCCAGUGAUGAAGAGAAAGGUGCUUCGUAGAAAGCCAGACGGGAAAGUAUUAGUGACAGAUGAGUCAAUUAUCAGUGAAUCAGAAUGUGACACAGAAAGUGAUACAGAUCUCUGGGACUUAAAACAAAGGAUGAUGAAUCUGCAGUUCCAGGAAGAUAGGGAGUCCCCAGUGGAUAUUUCACAAAAAUUUAAUCAGCCACAUGAAUACCAAGGAAUUUCACAAGAUCAGUUCAUUGGCUAUCUACAAAGAGAGGGAAUGGGCCCUCCCGCUUAUGAACAAGACCUGAUUGUUGCCAGCAGACCCAAGUCCUUUAUUCUCCCAAGGCUGGACCAGUUAAGCCGAAAUCGAGGCAAGAUAGACCGGGUAGCUCGAUAUUUUGAAUACAAAAAGGACUGGGACUCCAUGCGGCUGCCUGGUGAAGAUCAUAGGAAGGAGGUACGGUGGGGUAUCCGAGAAAGGUUUCUUUCCCGAGCAGAACCCCAGUCCAAGCCUCAACACGUAUAUGUUCCAAACAAUUACAUAGUGCCAACUGAGAAAAAAAGAUAUGCCAUUCGUUGGGGUGUUCGCUGUGACCUUGCAAACGGUGACAUGCCCAGGAAGCUUCCCUUCCCUCUUUCUCCUUCUUAAGAUUUUUUUAACCUGUCUCUCCUCCUACAGAAUUGUUUAAGAUAUCCUGUUUCUUUAUCUGGUUCCUUUUAAACAGAAACACUCACCAUUAGUGUUCCCCUGCUGUGUAUCAUAUAGCUGUCAGACACUACUUAACUUCCAAAUUACGACUCUCAAAUACAGAAAUUACAAGCAAAAUCAUGCCAGAGAGAUAAAAACCUAUAUGGUCUUUGUAUUUUGUCAAAUUAGUAAACACCAUUUGUGUUUGAAAGCCUUUUUACCUUGGGUCAAUGUAAGCUACUGUGUUUUAGUGUGUUUUAAAAUUGGCGAGCAUUAAGCUUAUCUAUUAAAGAAUUUUGGAAACUCA